AUGGAAUUGAUCAGUUCAAGCCUCGUGAUUGACAUUGGGGCGUCAACCACGCGCGUGGGCUACGCAGGUGAAGGAAGCCCGUCACAACUGCUGAACUCAUGCAUAGGAGUUCGUCAGCUGCGCGUCCCUCAGGAGGGUUCAUCAGCCGAAAAUUACGGCCAGAGUGACACAACGCGCGAGAUUAUCUUCCCGCUGAACUUCUCCCAGCGCCGCGAUUGUGUGGAGGUGGUGCCUGCGCUCUUUCCGAGCUGGCGCGGGGCUAUUGGAAAGCGGAAGAUUGACUUUAAUCCCGUGUACACCCUGCACGAAGAAGCAUUCGAGAAUCUUGUAGCUAUCAGUUGCACAGGAGCACGCGCGGCCCCCUUCGGUCGCAGAGGGGACGAAGUUUAUCUCAACUGUGUAGACCCCAAUGGUUCAACACGCUCCCCUGAGAGUACUUUGCGUUUGACGGAGCUAUGCGGGAUCGGGGCAGACUUGCGGGAGCAGCCGCUGCUCCUUUCUGAGCCGAACAUACACAGCAGGGAGGUCAGGGAAAAGAUGGCAGAAAUACUUUUUGAAAGCUUACAAGUAGGAUCUUUGUACACGGCGAAACGCGCACUUUUGGCAUGUGUUGCAUUGGGGAGAAGCAGCGCGCUGGUCAUCGACAUGGGGGCUUCUGGGCUAUCAAUCGCUCCCGUUUCAGACUCUUUCGUACUAGAUCAACAUGUUACGGAGUGGCCAGUAGGCGGCGAUGCAAUGAGUCAGCUUCUCAGCGCAGUUCUCGUGGGGCACAAUUUGCCCGUGCACCCUAGCUUUGCGCGAUUUUCGGCACAGAGUAGAAUGGUGAAGGUUUCACUAGACAAGCCUGGGGACUGGGAUAACGUUCAUCCUUCGUACGUGCACUGGAGCCGCAUGCAGACUCUUUCGUUCCUAAAGGAAGGCUUGUGCCGCGUAGCGGAUGACCCAAGGGAUGUGGCCCUAGCUCAAAAGCCUAUUGCACUCCCAAGCCCUCAACAACAAGCCAAAAGACGUGGAGUUGCAACAGCAGAGGCUUCCGGUUCGUCUCAGCUUAUAUUCCCGUGCUCAACACCGGCCUCUGCCGCUGCGCUGCUCUCCGGUAGUAGCGGAGUCGAAGGAGGGGUCAUGGAGCUGCCUGAUGGCACACGCCUUGAGGCGGAACAACUUGCAACGAAGCUCCCCGAGAUACUGUUCUGCCCUGCACUUGUAUCGUCGGUUCCUGGCGGCGGCGGUGGCUUUCCAGGACUGCCUGAUGCAGUGCGACAAGUGGCAGAGGCGGUUGAGACUGAUGGUAAUCGCGACAUCCUUAGCGCUCUAAUUCUCACAGGUGGCUGCUCUUGCAUACCUGGAAUGGUUGAAAGGGUCAACCGCGAGCUGGUAGAAGAUCCAGCAAUAUGUGGGGGACAGAAAGUCCGCCUACUGGCGGUUCCUGGGUCGUCAGAGCGCCGGUAUUCAACUUGGGUCGGCGGGUCGAUUCUUUCGAGUCUCAGCUCCUUUCAGGCUGCGUGGUGUAGUCGUGAAGAAUACGAAGAACAUGGCCCCGCCGUUGUCCAGAGAAAGUGCUACUGA